UUCCAGGAAGUAGCCACGAGCAGCUAGCACCGAGGCUCGUCUUCAAACAUGCUCUGAUUUCACGUCUGGACGAGCUGCUGGAAAUGUGAAUUUCUCUUGGAGAUCAAUAGAGUAUCUGUCUAUCAAAGGUGUGGAGGACAGACAGAUGGCAGUGUGUGCACUGACCAUGUUGGACGGGAUCGGGGGCGAGGUGACGGUGGCAGGGGGUGCUCUCCUCCUGGUCCUGGCCCUCGUCCUGGCCUGGCUCUCCACCCACGUGGCCGAGCGCGGAGACCACAUCCUGGGCACCAUCCUGACCGUUGGGGCUCACGCCUCCCUCAUCGGCCUGGGUGGCGACGACAGCUAUGGUGGCGGAGGCUCCCCCGGAGCAGACGCCCCCGAGCAGGCCAGCCCGGCGCCACCGCAGGACAACAAGCCCGACGAGGGAGAUGAGAGGGGUGACGGCGAGGGGGCGGUGGAGGAAACGGGCGCCGAGGGGGUGAGGACAGACGCGCUGGACAUUCGGAGCAAAGCUCCCCAAGCUGGAAGAGUUAAUGCUUCGGACGAGGAGGAAGAGGAGGAUUACGGUGAAGAGGAGGAGAUGGAGGGGGAAUAUAAAAAGAGUGUCAAGGAAAUAGCAGCCUCCUCCAUUUCUGUACGCCUCAAGUUUUUAAACGACACUGAAGAGGUAGCUGUGGUUAAGCCGCACGACACCGUAGCACAACUCAAAAGUAAGUACUUCUCUGGGCGGGAGCACCAAAUCAAGCUGAUCUAUCGAGGCCAGCUGCUGCAGGACCCCAAGAGAACGCUGCUCUCUCUGAGCGUUACUCACAACAGCGUCAUCCACUGCCACGUCUCCCAGGCAUUACACGACAGCAGCCCCGAUGCGGGGGCUCAGGCCGGGGCGAGGCCCAGAGCGGGACCGGUCUCAGGAGGUUGGAGGGCGGCGGGUGUGGCCGUCAGCAUGGGCAGCCUGGUGGUGCCCAUCUUUGUGGUGAUACUCGCUGUGGUGUGGUACUUCCGCAUCAAUUACAGGCAGUUCUUCACUGCCCCUGCCACCAUCUCCCUGGUGGGUGUCACUGUCUUCUUUAGCUUCCUCAUUUUUGGGAUGCACAGCCGCUGAAGAGGGCGGGAAGGAGAGAACUCUGGAAGUCAAAUGGACACCACAGCUGAAUGUGUAGAACUUACGACCGUUGACAUCCGCCAAGGCUUAAAAAAAAUCCUCAUUUGGAUCAACAUCUUCAUAGAUAAAAUUAAUGAUCAGACAUUAAUUUAAAACUAUAUUAAAAAAUGGCCCAUUACACAGUGUCAACAAAACAACGCAGAAGUCCGCCUGCAUUUGAUGGCUCCCUCCUUGGCCCCACACCUCCACGAAGCUCCACUACAUCUCACUGAAGUAGUUUUUGUUUCAUCCUGCUAACAAACGGCAGCAAAAACAUGAACCUCCCUGACAGUCUGCAACUAAAGUUUGUCAAUUUGUGUCUUUGUACACUUGUCUCUUAGGUCCAAAUGUUUUGCUUUCCGGUGUGUAGCUUUUUUGGAAAAAGGUGCAGGAAUCUCAGCUUUGUUUCAAUCAGGUUGACUUAAGCUGAAAACUUUUUUUUGUGGCUCAAAAAUGAUUGUCUAGAAAUUAAUUUAACGUAACACUUGAGAAGAUGCUGUAAUGUGAAGACAAACUAGAGCAGACCCGCUCACGUGUGCAAUUUCUUAGUCACCUGUCUGUACAAUGUGUAUUUUCUGUAAAUAAAACCAAGAAUGAAUGAAUGAGACCAAACUGCAUCUGGCACUUAUAAAAUGAUUGAAAGACAUUUGGAGGAGUCCUGGACUUUAGUGACAUCUCCAAUUAAAAUCAUUUUAAAAAUA